CUCAUCUUUGGUGGCAAUGUUCCCCUCUGCAUCCAAUAAAGGAUGGAUAUUCUCCUUGGCUCUCUUUUUGUUGCCAACGUAUUUGUAAAGACAUUUUUUGUUAUCUCUUACGACAGCGGCCAGGUUGAGUUCUAGCUGAGCUUUUGCCUCUCUAAUUCUUUCUCUGCAUGACCUAACAAGAUCCCUAUACUCUUCCUGAGUUGCCUGCCCUUUCUUCCAGAGAUGGUCAACUCUCCUUUCUUUCCUGAGUCCCAGCAAAAGCUCCCUGUUCAGCCAGGCCGGUCGUCUUCCCCGACGGUUCGUCUUGCUGCGCAUGGGAAUAGCCUGCUCCUGAGCCUUUAAGACUUCCUUCCUGAAGAACGUCCAGCCUUCCUGGACCCCUUUGCCCUUCAGGACUGUCCCCCAAGGGACCCUCUCAACCAGUGUCCUGAACAGGCCAAAGUUUGCCCUCCGGAAGUCCAUGGUAGUGGUUUUGCUGACCCCCUUCCUUACCUCACCAAGAAUCAAGAAUUCUAUCGUUUUGUGGUCCCUAAGCCCAAGACGGCCUCCGACCACCACAUCUCCCACCAGUCCUUCCCUGUUUGUAAACAGUAGGUCUAGCGAGGCUCCUCCCCUGGUAGGCUCACCUACCAGCUGUGUCAGGAAGUUCUCUUCCACACACACUCCAGGAACUCCUAGACUGUUUGCCCUCUGCUGUGUUGUCUUUCCAGCAGGCAUCCGGAAAGCUGAAGUCCCCCGUGAGAACAAGGGCACACGAUUGUGAGACUACUGCCAGCCACUUGUAGAAUGUUUCAUCUGCCUCUUCAACGUGGUUGGGUGGCCUAUGACAGACUCCCAGCAUGAUAGCUGCCUUGCUGGCCUUCCCCUUCAUCCUUACGCACAAGCACUCGACCUUAUCAUCACAACUGUGGGGCUCUGUACAAGCAAAACCCUCCCUGACAGAGAGAGAGAGACACUCCACCACCUCUCCUUCCUUGCCUAUCCCGAUGUCUUAGAGCGUUUGCAUUCUCCUUUUUGCCCUUUCUCCUUCUACUCUGCGCACUGUGUUUGAGCCUUGUCUUGCGUACUCCUCUGAAAAAAGACUGUCACCGCAUGUGUAAUAACGGAUGGUUUGAAUGAAGGCAGUGUGGCACGGAAUAUUCGGAAGCCCUCUCGCUGUGUAGUGCUGCAGUUAUAAGCUGUACCGUUGUAAACCGGGAUACCCUUUUGUGUAAAAGUGAAAUAAAGAAGACGAUGGAAUGGCUUGUGUGGAGACAGUAGUCUUUGCAGAGAGGUUCUUUCUGGGAAAGCUCUGUCAAAGUUUUCAAAGGGCCGGGAGGUUUUUUUUCUCGUGCUGUCCCUGGGCUGAGGUAAGGUUGAGCGGGUACAUUGCUUCAGUUUGGAGAUGAGGCCUAGGGUGCAUUCAGGGAAAUUAGGGGGAGCAGGGAAUUGCUGGCAGGCCGGUGCGGUGCAGGUCUUCUGAGCACUGAGCUUGUGGCUGAGGCAGAGCGCAGUUUGAUGGAGGUGAGGGGAAGAGGGGCCCUGGGUGUGCAAAGGCCUCUGCAAGGCAGCCAGGUGGGGGGCGAGCGUGAGCUUUCCAAGUCUCCUGAGAGCUGCAUCUGCGGGGGCGGGCAAGGACGAAGCACGAAGAACCGCUGUGCAGCUCGCAGCCCGCGGGCGAGAGGGAGGGCAACCCGGGGAGCACAGCCCCUCGUCCCGCUCAGGCUCCGGACCGGGUGGCCGGCGGGCGCGCCCACGCCUGAGCCUCGCUGGGACCCGCCUCCGUUCCCCGUCCUCAGCCCGACGUUCCCGAGUAGAUGUAGUGCCGCGCCGUGCUGCGUCCUGCGGGCUGCCCCGGCGGAGGCUCUCGCCCGGUUUCUGCGGCCGGGGAAGGCGGCUCAGUCCCUCCGGGCCGAGCCUCCGCCCCGCCGUGCCGUGGGAAACGCCUCGUGCUCGUCUUGCCGCCGUGUUGCUCGAAGGGCGCGGAGCGGCCUCCCGGGAGCCGGGCGCGCACGCCUGCCCGCGGGCUCUGGGCAGCGGGGAGCGGGGGAAGACGCGGGGCAGCUGCCGGCGCUGCCCGUGCGCCCGGACUCAGGCGGCGGCCGCGCAGGGCUCUGGGCGCUCCUUCCCUGCGCUUGCCUCCCCGGCGCGGUGUGCGCGCGUGCUGCCGCGGGGCCCCCACGCGGGCGAGCGGCCGGCAGCCGCGCGUGUGCGCGCGGGUCCCUGUGCCGGGGCGAGCCGGCAGCGCGGGCAGCGGGCGGCGGCGGGCGCAGUCCCGCCGCGGGCCGCAGGGUGGUGCUCCCGGCCAAGGCGGCGCCGAGCGGCUGCGGGCGGGGAGGCGGCCGAGCCCAGCCCGGCCCUGCCCAGCCCGGCCGAGCCAGCCGAGCCAGCCGAGCCAGCCGAGCCGAGCCAGCCGAGCCGAGCCGAGCCAGCCGAGCCAGCCGAGCCGAGCCGAGCCGAGCCGAG